UACCACCAGGGGGAAAUGAACUGUUUGUCAGCCACAAACUGACAGCACAGACCAGCUGCUUCCACUCCACCAGUGUUCAUCAACACUUUGUGAUGUACCAUUAGACGGAGCAGCAGAGGGACCACCGCUCUGCAGCCUCACUCAUGUCUGGAAUAACGGACUGUGGUCUGGAUUAGGAUACUCUGUGAAUAAACGAGGAUAUCUCACUGGAAUCUGAACAAAAAAAUGGAUAUACACCACAACAUACAGUUUCUUAUUUUCCUGAAUAUCUACACAAACUCUGUGUCAGGAAGAGACAUUCCUCAUCUUGACAAACCGACAGUGGAUAUUUUGGAUGGAGAAGUCACUGUAUUUUGGGAUCAUCCCGUGGACGCCCGCUCAAAGUCAUUCAAGUAUAAUGUAGAGAUGGCAAAGUACGGGGGUGAAUGGGCCGCAGUGAGGAGCUGCACAAACAUCAGAGUGCCGUUCUGUGAUCUUAGCAAGUAUAUACACGACUACAGUGCUGCCUACAAGGUCAGAGUUCAACUGGUCGUAGGAGACGAGGUGUCAGAGUGGGCAGUCAAGAAAAAAUUCCUUAUAAAUACAAGUGAAUUACAGCCUCCGGUGUUCACUCUGUGGGCGACAUCCAGCACUCUAACCAUUAAAGUUCAACCACAACCCAUUCUGAAAAAGAUUUUCCCCUUUGGGCUCAGAUACACCAUAUACCUGCAGGAAAAAGGACAAAAUAAUAAGAAUACCACAGCAUAUCUGACAGAUGAUUUUGGAGAUGACCAGAAGUCCAAGACCUUCACUUCACUGUCUUGGGGAAAAGAAUACUGCAUCAGCGUGAAGGUGGAGAGCAUCAGCGCGCUCUCCAGCAGCGCUGCAUCCCAGAACCAGUGUCUGCAGCUGCCAGAAGGAGAGUGGUUCACAUUGGCGGUAUCAUCUUUGUCCAUUCUGGGCUUUUUGUCCGUUAUUGCUGUUAUGAUCGCUAUCCUCUUCUGCUUCCUGAAGCGUCCAGAGAAAACGCCCGUCGCACUGACAUCUCCGGUCAGUGGCUGGCUUCCUCUUUCUGUGGGAGAAGACCUGAUGGAAGUUGUCACUGACAAAGCGUGGUUCUUCACCCUCUCCAGAGCGGACGUGACAAACUGCAUCACCAAGAAGACGGAAGAAGACCUCGAUGAAAAAGCCGACAGGAGGACGAGCAUGGACAGUGGCGUCAACAUGGAGCCCGACUGUGUCAACAAUGGAGGGAGUCCUCCAAUGAGACACGAGGACAGUGGAUUUGGAAGCAUGGGAGGACGGGAGAACUCCUUGUGCUGCAGCGCUCGGUCAGAUUACCCCGUUGAAGGUGAAACGACAGAGAGGAAGCGGGGCGACAGCGGGGUGGGACUAGGCUGCCAGCUUGAUUGUUCUGUGAAUCUGGGUGGACAAGAUGUUGGACCUUCAACAGAAGGUGUUGUGGGGGGAGGUUAUCACAGCCAGAACCCCCCAGCUGGGCAGAACCACUUCUGUGAUGAAGAUAUGUUUAAAGAAAUACUUCCUGAGUGUGCUUUGGCUGAAGUGGUCACAGGCUACAGAGCUGGACAUCGGCCAUGCAUGUGCUCAGGAACAGGUCGAUGCGCCUGGUGUCAAAACAGAGACGCCGCACCUGAACUGAUUAAAGAAUACCGAGCUACGCGCAUCGAAAACAUGCCUGUUUAUAGUAAAAAGUACUUUGUGGACUCUUAUGACGAGCUUAAACUUCCAAAUUAUCAUAAAAAAACAGACACGUUGACUGUCGCAGAUGCAGAUGUCAAUCAGACUUUCCCUCUGCUUACGUCUUUCUCAUCGCUGCCCCUAGUGGAUGCAGGACAGGACUUCAAUAUGAACAAUAUUUCCCUUUCGCUUUUUGACGUAGAGUUAAACACUGACUGAUUUAUGGUGAAAUGAAAUGCUGAUGCAAGACACCUGGAUGCUGGAAUUCCCUUUUCUGGCAUGACUCAAUUUCAAAAUGAGAUCACAACAUUUUGGAGUGUUUUGGGUAAAGAAAUUGUCAGAUAAGAGGAGACCAGCGGUGGAAGCAGUGCAGCGAGCAGGCACCUGUUACAGAGGAAGAGGCGUUGCGUGAGAUUAGGGAAGUUGCUCUGUCUUUCAAACAGAAUAACGCGCAGUACAGAGGAAGUGAAACUGCGUGGGGAGAAAUGCAAAGAAACGGUUUGACAGUCAAAUGCUUUUGGACAUUUUGUGGCGCCUCUCUGUCUCUCAAGUUACAAACUGUAAGAAGCCAAAGCUCAUGAAUAUUUUUAAGUUUAAAAAUAUUAGAUAAAAUAUCUGAAGAGGAACAUUUUCUCUUGAUCUGAUUCAUGAUGUGGAGGAUAUUUUAUUAUUGCUCCAUAGUGACUUUUUUUUUUUUUUUUUGUAUAAAUGUAAGACUCUGACUCACUUUGAAUAUUUAUUAAAUGUUACAGAAGAAUCUAUUUAUUUGUUAUGUUCUACUGUAAAUAUGCCACUAAAAUAAUUGUCUCUGUAUAAA